AUGGACAUAAAUGACAUGUCCCGCCCCCUGGCCGGUCUGCACACCAACGAUACAGUUGAGUGUUUCAUAAAAAUGCACUCAGAUGCGGCAAAUUUUCAACUGAACUCACACCUGUCGACACUGGCGAGCAUCCACAAGAUAUACCACACUCUGCACAGGCUGAACCUAACGGAAGACGUUGGGCCAGCAUCUCAUACCACAGCCUGCUGCUCCAGACCCAUGCCCCCCAGGAAAAAGAGGAGACCCACUGCUGGGGAUGACCUGUCCGCCAAGAAGAGCCGGCAGGACAGUGUUUUCAGAAAACAUGAGUCCUCGUGUAUUCAGGAGGAGGAGGCCUUCUCCAGUAAGAGGUGUCUGGAGUGGUUCUACGAGUACGCCGGAUGUGAUGAUGUCGUGGGACCAGAGGGGAUGGAGAAGUUUUGUGAAGAUAUAGGAGUGGAACCAGAAAAUGUGGUGAUGCUGGUUCUAGCCUGGAAGCUGGACGCCCAGAGCAUGGGCUAUUUCACCUUGCAAGAGUGGCUGAAGGGCAUGGGCUCCUUGCAGUGUGACUCGACAGAGAAGCUGCGCAGGUCCCUUGAUUACCUGAGGUCUGUCCUUAACGACCCCAGCAACUUUAAGCUCAUCUACCGAUAUGCCUUUGACUUUGCCCGGGAAAAGGACCAGAGGAGUUUAGACUUGACUACAGCCAAAUGCAUGCUGGGGCUUCUCCUGGGGAAGACAUGGCCGUUGUUUCCCGUGUUCAACCAGUUUCUAGAGCAAUCAAAGUACAAAGUUAUAAAUAAAGACCAGUGGUGCAAUGUCCUAGAGUUCAGCAGGACCAUCAAUCUGGAUCUUAGCAACUAUGAUGAAGACGGAGCUUGGCCCGUGCUGUUGGAUGAGUUUGUAGAGUGGUACAAAGACAGGGACAUGUCAUAAUGACCGCUGUCCUGCCCUCAACCACCAAACCACAACGAACGGAAUGGCAAAAGGCACCGACGACGACAACAGCCGCUUUGGAAUAUCAAAACGUCAAACAAACAAACAAACUCACUAACAAACGGAACUCAAGGGAGCAGGUGUGGGCGGGUGGUAGGUGCCCCCUCCCUGUGCUGACGAAAUGGGGGAGGGGGGGGAGGGACUGGGGCAAGGACUGGCACCCUCGCUGCAUGCUGCCCCUUCCUAUCAGGGCCAGAGGUCACUGGUAGUGACUACAGGGUGGAGUGUGGGUGGGUUGGGGCAGGGGUCACCUCACCUACCGGCUCCCCAAGUACCGUUCCCCACCCGCAGCUCCGCUCUGUGGGUAAGCACACGGCCUGCCCCCCGCUUUCUGGUGGCGCCCCCCCCUCACUGUGACAUGUCGUAUUGCUGUGAGUGUACCAUGGAUGUGAACAAAAUGGCCUCGGCCCAAAGCAGGUCUGCACCGCUACAGUCCUGGGGGGCCUGUGUGUGUGUGUGUGUGUGUCUGUGUGUGCGCCCAUGCGUGUGUGAGUGUGUGUAUGUGUACAUUUUCAUCUGUGUAUGCAUGCAUGCAUACAGGACAGAUAAAUGAAGUGAGUGUGUGUGUGUGUGUGUGUGUGUGUGUGUGUGAUAGUAGUAGUAGUAGUAGUAAUAGCAGGGUCACGACAGCUGUUAAUUGCUUUGAGUGAUCAAUGAAAUGAAGCUGUGAGAUCCAAGCUGUGGUUGAAGCCGCACAGGCCCCCGAGGGCUGGGGUUUGUUUUUUCGCCCAGUUCCAGAGGGAGUUAUUCUUCUACUUCCCCUCCUUCCCACGGAGAAAUGCAAAUAUACUCCCUCUGCACUUUUAGUCUUAAAAAACAAGGUCACUUUGACCAGGCACACGGUCUGAAAAUAGAUAAUAUUUGGUAUCUUUGUGCUUUGGAUGUGCUUGGCUUUUUAUUCCGUAAUCAUUGUUUCCCUUAUGAUAUUUCAGAUGAACUUCCCUGAGCACAGCACAUGAAGUGGGAGUGGAAGGGGUAGAGUGUUGUCGUGCUUCUAACACUGUUAAGCAGUUCAGUCAUCAGUACUUCACCCCUUAGUCAUCUAAAUAGCAAGAAUUGUUUAGGAAAUUGCUUCUUAGUAAACAUUACAAGGGGUCAAUAUGGCCAUCUAUCCUUUUAUCAUAUUUAUGGUACCUCACAUGUCACUCUUGACUUGGAUCAUUUUGAAUCACUUUAGCAAAAGAGCUAAAAAAAGAGAGAGAGAAUUCCUUUUGGGCUAUUUUGGAUAAGUGCAUUUCUUAAGCCUUGCCCAAACCACUGCACAGUGUGUGGACCCCAGAUCUCAUAGUGCCAUCAAGCAAUCAGCAUAAACACUGCAAUAAUUCUUUCUGCGGCCUGCCGUCAGGGCUGUGUUGGUUAAUGGAUAGGGGUCGGGGUGGGGGUGUCGUUUCCAUUGUUAGAUGAUGGAUUAGCAAACCACAAGAGUGUCAACCACUGUGCAAGGAAGGAGAUAAAAUAGUAUGCUGUCACUUGGUCCGGCAAGUUCAGAGACCAGACUAGACUUCUCAAAGCAUGCAAUUUUCUUGAUUGCACUCUACCACCUGUUGUGUUAACGGUAAGCAAUUAUAGGUAAGGUAACUUUUAUUUAUAUAGCGCAAUUUUGUAUGCACAGAGUGCACCCCAAAGCGCUACAAAUAUUGGCUAGAAAAUACCAUUUCUGCAAAAAAGUUCGAGUGGUGUAAAAGAAAUGACUCUAACCAAAAUCAUGAAACAUAUACCUGUAGGUAAAUGCAUAUUCACAUUUGCAUAAAACUCCCAAAAAAAGGUAUCUUAAAAGUAAGGAAAAAAGAAAGACAGGUCUCAGAUCCCCACAACUGUGCAGUCUUACACCCCAACAGCUGUACAUAUACCAGUUGUUCCACUAGGUGGCGAUCUCAUCUAAAGCAGUGGUGAACAGCAGGAGUCUGACACCUCCACCCCACAGACUGGAGUUGGCAUGGUUCUACAUCUCCAAUACAAUGACUCAUCAGGUAUCCCAAAUAGUAUGGAGUCUGGGGUCCUUCUCCACCCCAUGAUGAUUGCCUAGCAAAUGCCUAAUGUUGUAAUAUUUGUACAUGUUCAGUUUUGUCUUUGGCUGUGGCGUUGUGGCAGACUUGUCAUCCAAGUGAAAAUAUGCAUGCUUGCUACAGCAAAGCUGUCUAUGAGCGAUUGUUUUGUUUUGUUAUGUUUUUUGUUUUGUUUGUUUUGUGUACAUAUAUUUGUACAAGUGGACUUUUGUGCUUGUUAUUAUUUUAUUUUCUGCAGUCAUGCUGUCUUAACACUUAAUGAGAGUCAUGAAAGGGGUUCGUGGUAUUUAGAGCUGAGACACACCUGUAACCUCAUCUGCCGAAGAAGAGUUCUGCCCUGCAUUACCCGCCCCGCCAACAAAAGCUGGAUUACCAAUCCCGUCGAGUUCCUCACCAGGGGUAAUUCUGGAUUACAUGCAUCAUAUUCUGCCUCGGUAAUGCACUAGGGUGUCAAGAGACGUAGUAGCAGAAACAAUACUGUCACAUGUCGCUGCCAAGAUGGCAAAUUCACCUCUGUCUUUUUGAAGAGUGGGCCAGAGAAAUCAUGGGUAUUUACUUUUUUGAUGUUGGUUUCCUUUUUUCCUAGGUGUUGGUAAUGCAGGGUGUUGAACAAUCUCAUCUGACUGUAUAUAUGUAUGGAUGUGUGUAUAUGUGUUUGUUUUCACUGUAACCUACAUUCACUAUAUAAAGGGGUUUAUUAAUUAA